CCUAGUUUGACGUGUUACACUUAACCAAACCCCAUUAUUGACAAAUUGUGACAGUUCAAGUUUGGCAAAAUUGUUCGGAGCCCUAACAUUUCAAUUAUGGGGCUUUUUGGCAAAUCUUCGGAUCGAAACCCGAAGGAAAUGGUGACCGAGUGGAACCACAAGCUGAGGAAAGAGGGCUAUCAGCUUGACAGGCAGGUGAACUCGAUUAAGAGGGAAGAGGAAAAGGUGAAAAGGUCCUUAAAAGAAGCGGCGAAAAAGGGCGAUAAAGACACCUGCACGAUACUGGCCAAGGAAAUAAUCCGGGCAAGAAAGGCCGUGAACAAGAUCUACACGUCAAAGGCCCACCUGAACUCUGUCAUGCUACAGAUGAAAAAUCAACUGGCCACCCUACGAGUGGCAGGCUCCCUACAGAAGUCUACUGAGGUAAUGCAAGCCAUGCAGUCGCUGAUUCGCACCCCGGAGGUGGCGCGAACGAUGCAGGAAAUGUCCAAGGAAAUGAUGAAGGCCGGGAUUAUUGAGGAAAUGCUUGAUGAGACUUUCGAGGGCUUGGAGGAUAGUGAGGAGAUGGAAGAAGCGGCGCAAAGCGAAGUGGACAAAGUGCUCUUUGAAAUCACCGAGGGCAAAAUUGGCGAAGCCCCGCUGCCUCCUUCAGAGCCUGCGGAGAAAAUUAAGGAGUCCCAAGGUCCAGCAGGUGAAGAGGAAGAUGAAACAGAACUUGAAGAAAUGCAGAGUAGACUAGCUGCUUUAAAGUCAUAAAGGCGUUAACCAAAGGGAAAAAAUCGGAAUAGGCAACUUGCUGAAUAAUCAGCAUUGUGAUACUGUUCAAAGCGUCUUCAAUAAGUGAUUCUACACAAGAUUAGAAAUAAAUAUUUUCGCAAUUGAUUAAAAUUCGUUGAUAUUGUAAAUGAAACUAGAUUUGCUCUCUUCGAAACUUAGAUGAUAAGUUGCAAAGGAGAAGAGUGCAAAACCGAUUCUAAAUUCUUAGUCAUUCUAUACGGAAAAAUCGAGAUUUAUUAUGUGAUAUUUAAUUCAACAGUUGUUAUUCGAAUGCUGGUAAUGCAAUAAGUCCGAUUGAAAAUCCUAACUAGUUCUACUGGAAAUGCUAAUAACACUGAAAUGCACUUACCUAUUCGGGCGCCUAAUUUCCAAAGCAAAUCGGUCAAAACAAACUGCUUGCCGCCCAAAGCUUUCUCUAAAGCGCCCUCAAAGACGAAACGUUCUGGCUUUGGGUACUGGCGGAUCAAAUCUUUGGGGUCCAAGUUAGCCGGCAAAAGUUGCGCCAGAUCAGGCUUGUAGGUGGUCAAGCAUUGCCAAAUCGUAAAAUACUGCUCAUAGUUCGAAUAAAAAUCUACAAAAAAAAACAGAUUUUAACGCAAUGCGAUUUGUGGCCGAUGUUGGAAGUUGGGUGGUUCUGCUUUAGUAACUUGCAGUAUUAACUAACACGCUUGCAAAGAAGAUUUUAUGUAUAUUAGAUUUGUAAUAUAUAUGCAGAUAUUUAUAAUGUAAAUUAUGGAAAUGUAUCGAGUUGGACAGGAUGGUAAACCCUACUGCCCCCUAACUGGGAUACGUUCAACUGUGGCAAGCAGAAGUUUUAAGGUAAAACUAAUGGUCUGUGGAGUUUUAAGUCGAUUUUCCAUCCUGUUUAAUCGGUUCAGUUUUGACAUUGCACAUUGUUUUGUUAUUUAUAUUUUUAAGCUUUAGAAUAAGCACUGAUAAUUAAUGUGAACUUGCUAAGCAUUAAUAAAUAGUAUAUUUAUUUAA